UUUAAGGUGUUUCAUCUGUUUCGAAGUAUUUAUAAACUCGAACGGUUUUUCGCGACAUUAAUAGAAGAUGUUUUUAUCUACAAUUCUAUUUAUUGUAUUACCACUGCUGCUGUAUGCUAUUUACGAAUUACUGGGCCGUAAAUUGACAAUUGGUGAAAUUGACAGGAAAGCGGUACUGAUCACUGGAUGUGGAAGCGGGUUUGGUCGAGAUUUGGUGAAACGAUGUCUUCAGAACGGAUUGACAGUAUUUGCUGGAUGUCAGUUUAAAAGUGUAGGCUCCUAA